CACUCAGCCAAACUCGCGGACUGCGGUAGGUCGUGUCACGCGGUGGCGCAACGAUCGCAGCCGUUCCCGCCACACUGACGAACACAUUUUCUUUGAAAUUUCGUGCAAUUGCAAAGAAAAAAGUGAACAAAGCGGGACAUUCGGUGACUUAAGAGUGCUUUGUGAUUGUUGUUUAUACAUGAAUAGACUCUAUUUUUUAUCGAUAUUUUACAAAUUUCGGUAGUAAUAGAGGUUCGAGACGGGAUCGCACUAGUGAAACGAGUACAUCAACGUUUCAAGUAGUGAGGAUUGCGUGAACUUCGCACUGGACCAGUCCAACAGAUAACAUAUCAUCGUGGUGCUCGAAGAUAUCGACAACUUUACUAUACAAUACAAACCAAUUAGAUUUAGUUAACGCCAUAAGAGUAAUGACAAUUAUUCCGUCCUUUAGAUAAUUUUUACAAAACUAUAUUAUAAGGAAAAAUCAAAUGAGCAUAUCUAGGAGUAGUAGAUUAAGAAUAUCCCCAGCAAGCAUGGCGUGCGUGAGCCUGAGGAGUAGUCUGAGGAUACUGUGGACGGCGACCACAGCGCUGGUGUUCCUCACGAGGAGCAGCGCCGCGCCGACCUUCGGUGGAGCAGAUAAGGCGAUGGUUGAACAUGACGCCUACUUUCAGAUGUACUUAGCGCAGUACGGGUACCUAAGCCCCUCUGUGAGGAAUCCUUCGAGCGGGCACAUCAUGGACGAGAGUUCGUGGCGCCGAGCUAUUGCUGAGUUCCAGAGCUUUGCCGGGCUAAACGCGACAGGCGAAUUAGACGAGGAAACAACAAAAGUAAUGUCAUUGCCGAGGUGCGGCGUGCGAGACAAGGUGGGCUUCGGAGAGAGCCGCGCCAAGAGAUACGCGCUGCAGGGCUCAAGAUGGCGCGUCAAGAACCUAACUUACAAGAUCUCUAAGUACCCAUCUAAGCUGAACCGAGCUGAAGUCGACAAUGAACUUGCCAAAGCCUUCUCAGUGUGGUCCGACUACACAGACCUUACCUUUACGCAGAAGCGGUCCGGACAAGUCCACAUUGAAAUCAGGUUCGAGAAGGGAGAGCACGGAGACGGCGACCCCUUCGAUGGUCCUGGUGGCACCCUUGCCCACGCCUACUUCCCCGUAUACGGCGGCGACGCUCACUUCGAUGACGCUGAGAUGUGGUCCAUUAACUCGAGGAGAGGAACCAAUCUUUUCCAGGUCGCAGCUCACGAGUUCGGUCACUCCCUAGGGUUGUCCCACAGCGAUGUUCGUUCAGCUCUGAUGGCUCCCUUCUACCGAGGAUACGACCCUGCCUUCCAACUUGACCAAGAUGACAUCCAAGGCAUUCAGGCUCUGUAUGGUCACAAGACACAGACAGACAUCGGAGGCCUACCCGGCCUGCCCGGAGCGGCCGCCCCACCGUCCGUACCUCGCGCCACCACGCAACAACCCUCAGCUGAAGACCCAGCUCUCUGCGGCGACCCUAAGUUCGACACUAUCUUCAACUCGGCUGACGGUGGCACUUUCAUAUUCAAAGGCGAGCACUACUGGCGUCUGACGGAGGACGGUGUCGCGUCAGGCUACCCGCGUCUGAUCGCACGCGCAUGGCCCGGCCUGCCUGGCAACAUCGACGCUGCCUUCACUUACAAGAACGGCAAGACUUACUUCUUUAAGGGAUCCAAAUACUGGAGGUAUAAUGGACAGAAGAUGGACGGCGAUUAUCCUAAAGAUAUUAGUGAAGGUUUCACCGGUAUCCCAGACAACCUGGACGCUGCUUUAGUCUGGUCAGGCAACGGCAAGAUCUACUUCUACAAAGGCACUAAGUUCUGGCGCUUCGACCCGUCACAACGCCCACCUGUUAAGGCCACAUAUCCUAAACCGCUGUCCAACUGGGAAGGCAUCCCUGAUGGCAUUGACGCAGCCCUGCAAUAUACCAAUGGAUACACGUACUUCUUCAAGGGUGGAUCCUAUUGGCGGUUUAAUGAUAGAACUUUCAGUGUGGACUCAGACAAUCCCGCGUUCCCUCGAUCGACGGCGUUCUGGUGGCUCGGCUGCAGCAGCGCGCCGCGGGGCACCGUGGGAGGUAACGCGCGCCUCUCCGACGCCCCCGUCGCCGAAGACGACGUCGGAGACAUACUGUUCGACGCAGGUGUAAAAUCAUCCGCUCCCAGAUCAUUCUUCUGGUUCAGGAAAUAGCCUCGGUGGAGUGUUCCUGAAUAUUGUACAUAGAAAAAUUGCAUAAAGAACAAAGACUCAAUUAGUUACAUACAAUAUAAGAAUACCAGUGAGAUUAUAGAAAAUAAGCGGUGAUUUUAGUACCGGCGAGCUUGUCGCGCGCUGCCUGUACGUUUAUUUCAUUUCACUUGCAUGUUUCUGCAUGGUAGUUAGUUCUAUGCUUGAGGUGGAAGCAACCACGCUGGUUUGUAAGUAGCUUCUAACGCUUUGCUUACUCAUAUUAACAUUACUUUUAACUCAUCGAAUUUCUUAGGUACAUACAAUUAUAAGCCACACUGUAUAUUCAGGUGUCAAAAGUUUUACAAAACGAAAUGUUUCGUUUUCUGAAUUGUAUCUACCUAAGAAAUAAUGGUUUCGUUCCAUGCAAUGAUAUUACCUCGUCUUGCUAUCGGGUGUUCGGAGUUCUGGGUCUUUUGGUUUCUGAGUAUUAACUUUGUAGUUAGUAAAGCUUAUACUGGGGUAGUAGUUUAGUGAUUGUUUAAGCACAGAGUUCGUUUUUGUACACGGAAAAGGUGACAGAGUAUAUAGAAAAAUAUUAUUUAUUUAUUUAAAACCUCGUCGGUUUCCAGGAGUUUCCAAGCGUAAAAUAAACGUAGUUGUAUUGAACAUUUAAUGAGUUGAGCCGUGGGCGAUUAUUUUCGUCCAAUCGACGAAGAUGUGUAUCAGUGUAAGAUAAAGUUUUUGACCCACUUGAUGCAGAUAGCACGUUUGAUUUGGAUUACUAGCACUGUGUAUCACAAAAACACACGGUGCAUGAUACAAUGAGAUUAGUAAAUUAUUAACAUCACGACUUGUACUAAUUUAUUUCAAUUAAAUUCCGAUGAAUCUUGCAACUUAUUGCAUCAAUGAGCAUACUAGGAAUCAAGAAUGGAAAAAAUCCUAUCAUGAUAAAUCAGUGAUUCCUAGCGAUUCUGAAACACGUCAUACGUAUAAAACUGUAUGCUGUAUGCAUGGAUUGAUAAUAAUAAUUAUUGUUGACAUGAAUGUCCAUGUCCAUAUUUAUAUAUUGUAAUAGUUUUGUGACUAACAUGAGCGUGAAGCAUGACUCUGACUCACUGAUACUCAGAGAGGUGAUAUUUUUUUAACAACCAAGUAGAAUUUAUUAAUCAAACGUUUGUAGAAUAUCUGUAGAAAUUGUACAGUAUGAUAUUUACUGGAACUGUUUUUGUGUCAAAUUGAAUAUUUGAGAACAGUUUCUUUCAAAAGUAAUAAUGCAUGCUUGAAUUGGAUCAAGUAUAAGGAGUGUUUUUCGUUUCACUGACAUGUUAAAUAUUGUUUAUGAAAUCAAUUUUAUUAAGAGUUUACCAGUAAAAAAGUCAUGGCAUUGCUUCAAUGGUAAAAACACAUAAAUAUUUACCGAUUAAUAAAGGUAAAAGGAGAUAUAAAAGCAUAAAUCAAGAUUAAGCUUUUAUUUUUGUAUUAUAUUUUUAUGAAAUUUAAGUACUAACUCUGACUUGGUACCCUCCCAUUUUGAAAAAUGUUGGGUUGAAUAAGUAACUGUUUAUGCUACAAUGUAUUUGUUGAAAAGUAUCCUCUAACAUGAAAAGUGAAACGAAAGCCUGCAAGUAAAC